GUUCCACUUGGGUCUAUGUUGAAAUGAAACAGUAGUGGAGGGCUUUACCUACAAUUUUCUCUUUUCCAUCGACAUGCAAGCACUUGAUGCACAAAACAAUUGAUUCUCCAAUUGGGGCUUCCCUGAAACGUGAGAACUUGAUUUGGGUUUGAUUGAGAGAUGCAAAUCAUGAAGUCUUUGAUUAUUGGGUCUUUUCCUAAUAAGGUUUCUUCUUAUUCUCCGUCAUUACCAGAUUCAUAUACUUCACUCAUCUCAACAGGUUCUUUUCAUGUAUCAUUAAGAGCAUCAAAGCUUAAGCAAUCUCAACCAAAUCUUGUGAGAUACAGCAAUGGCAGCUUUAAUGAAAGUUCUCUACUUUCUCGGAAAUGCAACACAAGGCAUGUUGCAAAUGCGGUUUCUGAACAACCCAUGGAACCUGACUCUACAAACCCUCAAAAUUCGCUGCCAAAUGCUUUAAACGCCUUCUACAGGUUUUCAAGACCUCACACAGUUAUAGGAACCGCAUUGAGCAUAGUUUCAGUUUCACUCCUUGCUGUUCAGAGGCUUUCGGAUCUUUCUCCACUAUUCUUCGUCGGUGUUUUGGAGGCCAUUGUUGCUGCCUUUUUUAUGAAUAUAUACAUUGUUGGCUUGAACCAGCUAUCCGAUAUAGAAAUAGACAAGGUUAACAAGCCGUAUCUUCCGUUAGCAUCCGGAGAAUAUUCUGUUCAAACCGGUGUUAUCAUUGUAUCCUCAUUUGCAGUCAUGAGUUUCUGGCUUGGAUGGAUCGUGGGUUCAUGGCCUUUAUUUUGUGCACUUCUCAUAAGUUUCCUUCUUGGGACUGCAUAUUCAAUAAAUGUACCGAUGUUGAGAUGGAAGCGAUUUGCUCUCGUUGCAGCAAUGUGCAUUCUAGCUGUAAGAGCUAUAAUAGUUCAAAUUGCAUUUUACCUACAUAUUCAGACUUUUGUGUAUGGAAGACUUGCUGUGUUUCCGAAGUCUGUGAUAUUUGCAACCGGAUUUAUGAGUUUCUUCUCUGUUGUUAUAGCAUUGUUCAAGGACAUACCUGAUAUUGUUGGGGACAAGAUUUUUGGAAUUCAAUCAUUUACGGUCCGCUUGGGUCAAAAGCGGGUAUUUUGGAUUUGUAUCUUGUUACUUGAAGUGGCUUAUGGUGUUGCUAUUCUAGUCGGAGCAUCAUCUCCAUUCCUUUGGAGCAGAUACAUAACGAUAUUGGGGCAUGCGAUUCUUGGUCUAAUACUUUGGGGUCGUGCCAAGUCGACUGAUCUUGACAGCAAAUCGGCGAUAACGUCAUUUUACAUGUUCAUAUGGCAGUUGUUCUAUGCCGAGUACUUGCUCAUUCCGCUGGUGAGGUGAUUUGCAACAACGAGCAUUGAUGUAGCGUGAGUCCAUUUCUUGUUCUAGUUUUGCCAUCUUAGAUAGGGAUAGGGUUAGGGUUAGAUAGUUCAAGAUUCGACUUUAUUUAAUUCCGUGGAGUUUUGAAGGUACAAAAAGAUGUUAUUUGUGUUGUGUAUUUGUAUUCUAUAAUGGCAAAAACCAUGUUUUGUUAA